AUGAGAAGAGAUGUGCAGAAAAAUAAAAACAAGCAAAAACAGGAGUUAAAAAACAAGAAAAUAGACACACAGAAGAGCAUAUAUUCUUCAGAAGGCGCAUACAUGAACAUUACCACAAUAAAUCUAAACCGAAAUAGAACUGAGAUCGACAUCAAGCUCCCAUUCAACUUUAUUGUGCGGGAUGCUACAGAGCUUUCAAAUCGCUACGUAACUUAUCUCUGUAGAGUUAGCGAUCUGCUAAUUCUAACAAUCACUGGUAUGGAGAUUGAUUAUGAUUUAAUCAACAUUAUAAAAAGGCUGAUGCCAACUGUUGUUAUAGUGCACGAUAAGAAAUUAAAAAGCUUGGCAAGAGCAAUUUCAAAGAGCUUUGGUUCACCCAAAACAUGUGAUUUUUCAAUGCUGAACAUGGCUCUAUGGAAUAUUCAGUGUCAAAAUACGACAAUAGCUUCUGAGAGACCAUUUAUGGUACCAGCAGACACUAAAUAUUGCGAUGGACUGCUAAUUGUUGAGGGUUUUAUGAAAAACAGCCUAAGAUCAGAUCGAGUAGUGAUAAAUGGUGAAUAUCGAGGAAUUGUGGAAGAAGUCACUAUGGAUGGCGAGAGCAUUGAAGGAAGAUUGCUGAAUGUUGAAUGUGACGAAAGUGCAUUUAAGUCGCUCUAUGAGGACUGCUCUGACAAUUCAACAGCGGGCAUUCAACAUGUUGAUGAUGGAGAUCCUUGUAUUGAGGAAGUAGAUCUUGAAUCGCAGAACGACGAAGAUUAUGAUGUUGAAUAUGGCGAGUUUUAUGACGAGCAGCCUAUUGAUCCAGAGCUCGAUUUGAUCAACAAAUAUUCAAAAUAUAAAGGAAUUAGAAGCCUAUCAGUCGGAUCGUUUGUGGAUCGGCCAGAGGAGAUGCCAGAACACUACAAGGAUAUUGUAUUUCUCAGAAACAUUAAACAUGUACUGGGCCAAAUUAAAAAUAGAGAAUGUAUUAUUCCAAAAAACAAAAGUGUAGUGCUCAAAAUUAGACUUUCACUGCCAUCCAAUGAGGUAUUUGACCCCAGCUUAGUUGUAUUGUUCAAUUUGUUUGAAUAUGAGGGCAGAUGCACGAUAUUAAACUAUGAAUUUUCGUCGCAGGAGCCUCUUCCUGAAGAAAUUGUAGUAGACAACGGAUUUGAAAUCUUCAGAGCAAAAUGCAUCGUCACGAGAAAUCUCAACAGUAACGCUUUUAAACAAGAAUCAAGUCUUGUAUCAGGAAUUGUAAGCUUUGUUGGGCCACUAGCGCUAUUUAGCCCAAACGCAUUUGUCGUAUCUGAUUUUAAUUCUUCCAAGGCUGUUAAACUCUUUAAUGGCUAUUCUCAAAAUAGGUUAUUUUUUGACUGUGUUGAAUUGAAAGGAAAGCCCGUGAAGAUCUGCAAGAGAUAUAUUGUUGUAAAAGGAAUGUUCUAUACCAAGGAGCAGGUUGAGUACUUUAGGAAUAUUCAGUUGGAGGCUAGAAGAGGUAUACGCGGCUUUGUUAAGAAGUCGCUAGGUACUAAGGGAGCAUUUAAGGCCUAUUUUGCACAACCGGUGAAGUAUGGUGAAGAAAUAACAAUGUCACUGUACAAGAGAAUCUUUUUGUAA